AUAUCAUUUUUGCUUAUUUAAAAAUGAAGAUUUCCAUCAAUUACUCUUUUUUUAUAUCUCGAUCUUGGGCUGAAGCUAUGGCACAAAGUAAUUGGGAAGCUUACAAGAUGAUUGACGUUUAUAUAUAAUUUGGUGAGGAAAAAACUUCAUAAUACUGCAAAAUCGUAACCUGAUGAGCUGGUAAUUGUAUGACUUUCUUGACCAGAGUAACAAUAUGAGAAACAAGAAUAUUAAACCAUCGGAUGUUCGAUGGUCAUCAUCAUUAUUUUAAGAUGGCUACAUUUCACAUUCUCUUUUGUUAAUUCACAUCAUAAUUGGUACAAUGAAAUGAGGCAGAAUUUCAAUCGAAUACAUUGCUGGAGGUAAAUUCAACAUCUUCUUGCACUAUUAUUCUAUAUUUGUUUAGGUAUAUUAGAAGAAUUUGUGAUAUCUUCUUGAUUUGGUUUCGUUUUUUCAGGUGCCCAGGUAAACGACUGUUAAACCUUAUCCUCAUAACUAUUUCUAAAUGUUAGUACCUUUUGUUUCUUAACCUUACAAUUUAUUUGAUUAUUGCAGUGGAUGCUUCAAACUCUUUAGGCAACCAAUUACAUGGGAUCCAUUGGAAAGGACAAAUAAGGAGAUGCAAUGAAGGAUGCUAUCGCAGCUGGUGUCAAUGUCCACUAUUUUGGAGAUGAGUCAAAACCUACCGGAACUUGCGGUGUCUGUGUUCUUGGUGGAGAAAGGUCGCUCAUUGCAAAUCUUUCUGCUGCAAACUGCUACAAGGUUGAACACUUGCAUAAGCAUGAGUACUGGGAUCUAGUUGGGAAUGCUUUGUUCUACUACAUUGAUGGAUUCUUCAUCAUAGUAUCACCAUAAUCCAUUCAGUUGGUAUGUGAACAUGCAGCUGCUAACAACAAGCUAAGAAGACAUGAUCCUUUAUGAGAACCAGACAUGUCAUAUUUUGUAAUGUCUUCUCUUUCAUCAGAUUUCAACACAUUUCUCUACUGUUUCUCCCUAACAUAGCAAGAAUCAAGGUUUACUAACAUCUGAAAUAUCUAUCAACUCUCGAUUAGUACAUGAUUUUUUCUAUU